AUGAACUUAGGACCUGUAAGAACUUGCUGGUGCAUGCGUUUUGAGGCUAAGCAUAGCUAUUUCAAACAGUUAGCUUUAAGAGUUGGAAAUUUCAAAAACAUUAAUGCCACAUUGGCACAAAGGCAUCAAAACUUGCAGGCAUACAUCACAUCGAGUGGUAAUGAUAUUUUCAAAACCCAUUCUGAGGUUCUAAAGAGCUCAAAUGUAGCACUUGCAUCACUUGAUCCUAAUGUAGGUCAAGCUUUGAUGAACAAAGGUGUGUCAAAGAAUGAGCAAUAUCUUUCAAAACUUGACAGAGUGAAUUACAAAGGUCAUGCAUACAAACCAGGAUGUUUUGUUGUCCAUCAUUAUGAGAGUGAUGACAUUGUUUUGUCAAAGAUUAUUGCUAUGUUUUCGCACAAUUAUCAGACAUUACUGGUUGUGCAAAUUUGUGACUCUGUUUAUGAACCUCACUUCCCUGCAUACAAAAUCCUGAAAGUGGUUAAAGUUGAAGCUGAUCAUCAAAGAAGAUCUGAUCAUGCAGAUCCUCCAGAAACAAAAAACACGCUGGAGAAAAGGGUUCCAGAACCAAAAGUUGACAAAAAAUGUGGCAGCAGGUGUAAUUUACUACAAGAUGAAACACACCAAGACAAUCAACUUGUUCAGAAUAUCAACAAAAAGCAAGACAGUGGAACUAAAACAUCAUGCAGUUUGACUUCCUGUAGAAAAGCAGAAAGUCAAUCAGAUGUGGACACAUGGGUAACUCAUGGUAAAGGAAAACCUUUUAGGCCCUGUCUUUUUUGUGGUGUGAUGCAAUCAAAACUUGUAAGGCACAUCAAGAAAAAGCAUUCCACAGAAGAACGUGUUAAAUUGGCCAUGCAACUGCCAAAAGAAUUACAAAAUCAAGCAUUUGACCAAAUUCGCAAAGAUGGCGUAAUGCUAGCCAAUAAAAAAACGUUGCAAUCAUUAGGAGGCAAUCCAUCACAAAGUAAAAUAGAAAAUCAUAUGAUCAGAGAAAGACGACAAGGAAAAGUUCCAUUGUCUGUGUGCUCAAUAUGUAAUGGCUUCUAUUCUGCAAAGACAAUGUACAGACACAAGCGUCAAUGCAUUGCUGCUGAAUCUACAACUACACAACCAGAAGCAGUCCCAGUAUCUCUUUUAGUAAUCAAUGACUCGGAUCAAUUUCGAGAUCAAGUGCUCUCUAAAUUUAGGAGAGAUGAAGUAGGAGAAUUAUGUCGUUCUGAUGAUUUUAUUAAACUUUUAGGAAUGCAAAAUUUUGUGAAAAUUCAGUCAAGGAAAGAGAAGAAAGGAGAACUAAGAGAUGCAAUAAUGGCUGACAUGAGAAAGUUUGCGAACUUGUUCCUAAAUUUUAAAUUCUUAGCACAACAGAAGAAAUGUAAAAUUACAUCUACAGUUGAAAUGUUAAACCGAAAUCAUUUCAUGUUUCUUCGAGAUGCCCUUGACAACAUAACUACAAAGGAGGAUGGGUCUAUAAAGAGUGGCCUGAAAGUUUCCUUAGGAUUUCUUUUAAAGAGAUCAGCGAAUGUUUUGAAAGGCCAUUACCUGGUGCAGAAAGCUGAUGACAAAGCAAAGGAGGUGGAAAAUUUUCUCACAGUGCUAUCAUACUUUUGGAAUUCAAUAUUCAGUGACGCACAGUAUGCAAAUGUGAAAGCCAGACAAACAGAUUUGAGGAAGCCUAAACAUUUACCCAUUGAAGAAGACAUUCAGAAACUAAGGAGUUUUAUGAUUGAAGAACAGAAUAGAAUACUAGAUCCAUAUGUACUGAUAAGUAAUCAGGAGUACAUAAUUUUGAGAGAUAUUCUUGUUUCACGCCUUACACUAUUUAAUGCCCGCAGAGGGGGAGAACCAAGUCGUUUACUGCUUAAGGAAUGGAAAGAUGCAGAAAAUGGUGUCUGGAUAGGAGAUUCAGCUGUUCAAGCCAUAGAUGACCCGAUUGAGAAGCGAAUGUUAGGGAACUUCAGAAUAGCCUACCAGUCUGGUAAAAACAUCAAUCAAAUGGUACCAAUUUUAAUUCCAAAUGACUGCCUUGAGGGACUUAGAAAACUGGCAUGCAGUGAAAUAAGAAAAGCUGCUGGAGUAAGAGCAGACAACAUAUUUCUUUUCCCUCUAACACAGAAUUCUGCACAUCAUGUGAAAGGAUGGCAUGCUGUUGAAUCUGUGUGUAAAAAAGCUGAUAUUUUGUCUCAUAUUAAUGCAACAUCAAUGAGACACAGAGCCUCAACAAUAUAUGCUGCACUGGAUAUCCCAGAAAAUGAACGAAGGUUGUUUUAUCAGCAUAUGGGUCACUCUGAAGACAUAAAUAAGAAUGUAUACCAGUGCCCACUGGCAAUUCAGGAAGUGACAAAAGUUGGCAAGUUCUUUGAAAACCUUGAUAAACGUCUUUAUCAUACUUUUGAUGUUAGCAAGUGCAGUUUAACUGAGAUGGAAUCUGCCAAUGAAAUGACAACAGUUCAGCCAACGGAAACACAAGGGCCACUUGAUGAUUCGUGUGUGCCAGGACCUAGCACUGUUACUUCUGAUCCACUUAGAAAACGGAAAGCUGCAAACAAAGUGACAGUGAUUGCCAGUCCAAAGAAACAGAAAACUAAUGGAAGAAGGACAUUAAACUUAGCAAAACAUCAGGAAUGCUUAGAAAUGGAUCAAAGUAGGAGCUGUAGCAAUGACCUGGAUUGGGAGAUGAGUGACUAUGAUAGUGCAGCUGAUAAGGACUACACACCAAGUAACAGUGAUAUCACCACUGAUGAUGAAGGUGAUAGUGACAAUAUUAGUGAUACUGAAGAUAACUGCACAUAUGACACUGCCAGAAAAGACAGACAGAAGAGAAAAGUCAAAGUAUAUUCCUUCAUCAAAGAACAUCCCAAUGUUCUUGCAGACAUCAAUCCAGAGCGUAAAGUCUUGUGA